AUGAAAGGAGGCAUUCAAGGACUCAAAAUUUCACAGGUCUCCCUCUUCCUUCUUGGGUUAGUGUGUGUUGCUGUGCUUGCAUUGACAUGGAAGAAGACCGCAUUGCUGGCAUCGUUCGUCCCUUCUUCCCAGAGUAGUGUCUUGCAACUGGAUCACAUAGAUGAUCUUGACAAUGUUACAGAAAGAACAAGGUCACAAGAAGUUUCUCAAAGAGAAAAUAAAUCAAAACACGAAGAGGACGUGGCAGAAUCAUCUGUCAAAAAAAUUCUUCCCAGUGUUGCAGAAAAAACAAAAUUACACGAACACCCUGAUGGAAAAAACAUAUCAAAACAAGCAGAAAAUGAGCCACAGAAAUCUCUCAAACCAUUGGAAACAAGAAACUUUUCGGCUAGCACUGAAAGAAAAGAUUGUAAUUAUGCAAAAGGUAAAUGGGUGUUUGACGAGAGCCGACCUUUAUAUUCUGGUUUCGGCUGUAAGCAAUGGUUGUCGCCAAUGUGGGCCUGCCGCCUGACACAGCGUACAGAUUUUGAAUACGAAAAACUACGCUGGAAACCGAAGGACUGUAAAAUGGAAGAAUUCACGCGUUCCAAGUUUCUGCAGAGAAUGCCGAAUAAAACCCUGGCAUUUGUUGGGGACUCGCUCGGCCGGCAGCAGUUCCAAUCCUUGAUGUGCAUGGUGACAGGCGGAGAGGAAAGGCCUGAUGUCCUAGAUGUGGGCCAUGAAUACGGGCUCGUCAAAGCCCGCGGUGCCAUCAGGCCCGACGGCUGGGCCUACCGUUUCUCCAGCACCAACACCACAAUCCUCUACUACUGGUCCGCAAGUCUCUGUGAUUUACAACCGAUCGACCCUUCUGACCCAAAUACCGAAAUCGCGAUGCACCUCGACCGGGCCCCUUCGUUUUUAACCCGGUUUAUUCACAAAUUGGACGUCCUUAUUCUCAACACGGGCCACCACUGGAACAGAGGUAAACUCAAGGCCAACAAGUGGGUCAUGUAUGUUGGUGGAGCCCCCAAUACGAACAGGAGAAUAGCGGAAAUUGCAGGCGCGAAAAAUUUCACCGUACACAGUAUUGUGAAAUGGGUUGAUUCACAGCUGCCUUUGUACCCCAGUUUGAAAGCUUUUUUCCGUUCUAUUUCGCCUAGGCAUUUUUUCAACGGGGAUUGGAAUACGGGGGGGACUUGUGACAAUACUACCCCUCUUUCCGGAGGGAAGGAGGUUUCGAAAGACGAUUCUAGUGACCCUGAUGCUGCCGACGCUGUAAGGGGGACUAACGUGAGGCUUUUGGAUAUAACAGCUUUAUCUGAGUUAAGGGACGAGGGGCAUAUUUCCCGUUACAGUAUUCGAGCAACGCCCGGGAUGCAGGAUUGUCUGCACUGGUGUAUGCCUGGAGUUCCCGACACAUGGAACGAGAUUUUAUUCGCUCAAAUAUGA